UAGCAAAAGAUAUUAAUUCAACAUUGGAUUUUGGUUAGAUUGGUUAUUUUUGGUUGAGGUUGAAAAAUCAAUGUUGAUUCGAUGUGUUUUUACAAAUACCAUUUCAACGUUUGAAAAAAUGUUGUUGAAUCAAUGUAAUAUAGAUGCCGGUUUUUCAACGUUGAAAUUCCCUACAUUGAAUUGACAUUGUUUCAACGUGUGGCGCUAUCCCCUCUCGGGCGAGAUCAUGAUCCAGCGUCGGAGGCGGGGUCUGGUUCUUUCCUAUGAGAGCUGCUGUGCAUGAAGACAAAAUGGCCCAAGUUUUGAGAGAGCGAAACGUCACAGAUUACCCGUCAUGCCUGUUGCACAUUGCACUUAAUCUUGAAAGCACGUUGGUCACGUGAAAGAGCGUACACCUCAGGGUGUGGAGGAAGGCAGGCAGUUCAGUUGCCGCCAAGCCGCCUGAAGAGAAGAGACAGAUAUCACAAAUCGGAUUAUACUACAAGACGAGUCAAGGGGAUCACUGCAAUACACAAGGCCAAGUAAAGUAAUUAUAGCAGUGCCACCUCUCUUUACCUAAGAUGGCUUCUUAUUGGUCUAAAAGACGUAGAGUCAUCAGAACUGUAAGGGACAUGGAGAAAGAUAUCCUUAAGGAAUACGAGGAAACUCUUUAUAAUAACAAGUCACAUUUAGACCCCUGUGUGAAUAGGGAACCACCCUUCAGAAUCUCACACGUUUCCCAACUAGAUACACCACUAGCUUCCCAUGUACACAUGGAAAAUGAUCAUACUGAUGGUAGUUUAGCUGGAGAUGAUGAAGUUGAAUCAGAUCAUGUACAAAUGGGAAAUGAUCAUACUGAUGGUAGUGUGGCUGGGAAUGUUGAAUCAGAUUCUGACUCCGACAGCCAUGACGAGCAUCAGCCUAGUCAGGAUCUGCUUAUGAGGAGCCUAAGAUAUUGGGCAACAUCCUACUCAAUCAAUCUGGUUGCUUUGUCUGCUCUGCUGUCCAUCUUAAAGCUUUUUCACCCUAUGCUCCCUAAGGAUGGAAGAACUCUGCUUAGAACACAACAUGAUGUUGCAACCACUCAAAUGCAAGGUGGCGAGUACUACCAUUUUGGAUUGGUGCAAGGGAUACUUUCACGAUUGAAAUGUUUGAGUUUACCAGUGAGCCUCAGAACUCUUACUUUACAGUUCAACAUAGAUGGUCUCCCUCUCUUUAAGAGUUCAAGACUUCAAUUCUGGCCUAUACUUGCAAUUCUGAAAUGUGAUUAUACUAAGUCCCCAUUUAUUGUCGGUAUCUUUUGUGCUUUAAGCAAACCCAAGUGUGUUGUUGAGUAUCUGCAGCAAUUUAUUAGCGACCUUAAAAAUGUACUGGCUAAUGGCGUUGUUCAUAAUGGUAACCGAUUGAAAGUACUGGUUUCCUCAUUUGUGUGUGAUGCUCCAGCCAGAGCCUACGUUAAGAAUAUCAAGUCACAUAAUGGCUAUUCAGGGUGUGACAAGUGUGAUCAACAUGGUGUGUGGAGGAAGAAAAUGACUUAUCCUGAAACAAAUGUCAGGCUCAGGACAGACUCAAGUUAUUGUGAUAUGAUUGAUGAAGAACAUCACUUGAAACAGACACUCAGUCCUUUAACAGGGACAGUAAAGAUGGUUUCUUCAUUCCCAAUAGAUUAUAUGCACCUCUGUUGUCUUGGUGUGAUGAGAAAACUGUUGAAUAUGUGGUUAAAGGGCAAUCUAGCCACUAGGCUUCCUUCACAAACUGUUAACAGUAUAUCAAGCAAACUGCUGGGGUUACAUUCCCACACCCCUUGUGAAUUCAAUCGCAAGCCAAGGGGUUUGAAUGAGCUGGAUCGUUGGAAAGCUACAGAGCUCCGAUCCUUCAUACUGUACUGGGGCCCUGUAGUUCUGAAGGAUUGCCUUCCCAGUGAGAUUUAUGACAACUUUAUGUUGUUUUCAGUGGCCAUGUAUUUGUUUUUGUCUCCUGGAAUUUCUGGCCAAAAGGUUGAAUUAGCGCAUAGAUUGAUGAUUUCCUUUGUGGAACACUUUGGACAGUUGUAUGGCAGGGAUCAGAUUGUGUUCAGUGUACACCAGCUUAUACAUUUAGCCGAUGAAUACAAACAAUUUGGACCUUUAGAUAAUGUUUCAGGAUUCCCUUUUGAGAAUUAUCUUGGCCAAAUAAAGCAUCUUUUACGCAAGCCACACCAACCUCUACAACAGGUGGUCAAAAGGUUGUCAGAACAGCCACGUUGUGAGGUUCCAUUACCAACAGAUGAACCAGUCUUACAGAAAAUCCACACUGAUGGUCCACUCCCUCAACAUUUCGGUGUUGCUGUACAGUACACAAAGGUCUCCAGUAGUCGUUUUACCUUGUCUACAAAGCAGGGGGAUAAUUGUAUUGAGGUGGGACAUAGUAUUGCAGUAGUGCAGAAUAUAGUCCAGGAAGAAGAUGAGGUAUAUGUGAUCUACAAAAGGUUCAGACACCAAGAAUCAUAUUACACUUAUCCCUGCGAGUCCUCAUGCAUAGGUACAUACAAGGUUAGAGAGUUGUGUGACAAUAUCGGGGUUGGUAAACUUGGAUGUAUCAAACGUAAAUGUGUUCUGUAUCCAGAGUCAGAAGGAAAUGGCCUCAUAGCUAUUCCAAUAGCUCAUAUGCAGUAGCAUACCGCUCAUACUGCUGGGCGAGUAAAUGACAUCUUAUGAUUUAUGAGCAGGUUUUUUUUUUAAUCAUUUACAUUAUUUCCUUUAUUGUAUACAGAAUGGAAAGGGAGGUGGUGCUUUGGGCCGUUGUACUUUUUCCAAAUGGCGGAGCUGCAACAGUUCUUGCCAGCUGGUUCAGUCUAAAGGAAGGUAAAUUGUUAUGGCCCCCAAAAAACAUGUAUUUGAAGGCCCUUAAAGAACACAUGACGGCCCAUAAAGGAUGGACCACAUAUGCGAAUGUCCGGCUCUUGAUUACUUGUGACUCAUUGGAAAAGGCCAAACGAUACGAAGAAAAGUAUGUGAAUACUGGAUGUCCAACCACUGAUCUGAGCUCUGAGGACGAAGCAGGUGCACGUGGGAAAAGAAGAGUAAGACCAAAUCCUGUGUACAUGGAGUCAGAUGGGGAGUCAGAAACCAGCUGUGUGAAGAGAAGAUUUGCCAAGCCACCUGAUGUUCAUUGGCCUACAGUGCUCCCAGAAUCCAGCCAGUACCCCUCAGGACCAACCCCAAAUGCAAGCAGUGCCUCUGGAGGAAGCCACUCGGAGGAUGUUCUGUCAAUUCACCAGGCUGACAAUGGCUUUUGUGGAAGCUAUUUGGCGGAGUUGGACCAGUCAAUGGACCACUGUAAUGAUGGAUUGCCAACAUAUAACUCCAGCCCCUACCACGCUAUGCCAUUAGAGAAAGCAAGGAAUGACGGCGGUGCCAGCUAUGCACAUGGCUCAAGAUUAGCUGACUUCAGCGCACUGGGCUUGGCUCACCUGACCCCGCAGCACCCAUCCCACCCCCCUUCAGCUCCAGAAACACCACGGGGGAGAUUAUAUGGAGAGGAAUCAAGCAGAGUGUUGAAAGACAUUGCUGCCAUGAGAACCACGAAGAUGCUUACCGAGCUAUGUAUGGAGGUGAAGCAGAUCUCACGUGACAUUAACUUUAUAAAGACGGAACUUGCUAAACUAAACAUUCAUGGAGCUGGACCAGAGUCACAAGAAGACAACUUCCCCAUAAUGCUUCCACUCACCAACGAGGAGAAGUUUGAUGAGACUGAAGCUGCUUUGAGGGAGGAAGCAGUCCGUCGAAAGAUGAUUACCCGCCUGGCAUUAGUCGGAGGGACCAACUCGGAAAAUAUGAUCCGGCGAAUGCUAUCCGCUGCCAUGACAAACAGUCUAGCCUGCAUCUUCAACUGGGUGGGAAAGGGAGAGAAGAGGGCCUUCAAGGACACGCUGAUAAAGGACUGCAUGUUUGGUGAGCCUGCACCUCAAAAUACUAGGUUUACUACUUUACAACAGAUUUGGCAAAUAUUGAAUUUAAUUCAUAAGUCUUUUACAUUUCUUUCUCAAGUUGAUAAGAAUGGAUGCAAAAUGCAUCCAUUCUUAUCCUUAUCUUCAUAUAAGUGGUCCUCAUUAAUGCUCAUAAUAGGAUGGCAGCAUUUCUGUCUACUCGCUCUGCAUCUCAAAGGUGGGCUGUGGACAUUUCAGAAACCUGCCUACCAGUGACAUUAUUCCUAGCUAAUUGGAAAUGACCAUUGAUGAUGUCACUGAUGGGCACGUUUCUGAACUGUCCACUACCGUCCUCUGAGACACAGAGCGAGUAGACAGAAAUGAGUAAUAGUGUGAAUCAAUUAUAUGAAGAUGUGGUUGAUGGGUGAAUUGCUCAAUUAAGGCCGCCUGAAAACCUAGUACACUAAACAGUACACACUGGAACGCAUCCAUUGCAGCUUUCU